AUGAGCACAAAUAGUUUAAUCGAGCUUAGAGACGAGCUGCAAGAAGCCCUCACCAAAAUUUACAACGAGUAUCUCCAAGACUUCAGAAAGCGCAAAGCUCAGCGGCUCGAGAAUCUCCGUGCUUCAGACCCUCCCGAACAAUACCAGCUGGUGGUAGAAACCAAUUACCGCAAUGAGCUGACACAAAAAGUCAAACAAAUAGUGCAUCAAGAAUCCUACAACAUGAUCUACCGCAUUUUCUACGACGCCGUCCAUCAGUUUGUCUCAGACAUUUUCACUGAUUUGGCAUCUCUUGAUUCCCAAAGCUUAAUUCUCCGGAUUCUCUGUCUUGCUGAAGCAUUCCACACAGUCGAAAACUCAGCCCGCGAGCUCGGAAAAAUCACCACAGGGAUUUUUGAAAAGGAGCCGACCUACAUCACCUGUGAGAACGUCACAAAACUCGCAUUUUUCGACAAAGUACUAAAGCAUUUUGAAAAUUUAAUAGAAGCUGCACCUAGCGUUGCAGAUAAAAGCUGUGUGGUAAACGAUGUAAUUAACCUGAACUUAGAGCUGAGGUCUUUAAGUAAUAGACUUACCCCCCUGGAUUUUUGGAUGGAUAAUUUUUAUAAUGAGAAAAAUCCGUGUUAAAAAUUUUAGAGCGUUUUGGCUGUCCCAUAUACAUGAGGUUAGGUCUUCGACGAAAAGCACUGACAAGGUUUUUAAAGAGGACUCACAAAGGAUGAACUCUAAGCUAAUUUUGAGCGGCGAAGACAAUACCAAUGAUGAUGUCAGCUUUAUGAGCGUCGAUGACAUUGUGUCGUUUAUUAAUGGAGAUGCGAAGGACAUGAAAAAAAAAAGAAGGAACAAGGGGAAAAAAAGAUGCAAAGCGUCCACUGCGAGCACGUCUGGAUCGCCGAAGUCGGAAUAUAGAGAUAUGGAGUAUCCAGAGCUGGAAAAAGAAAUUGAAGAAUUCAGUAGAAGGCUGGAGUUUACAGUAAAAAUUCCGAGGUUGAAGCCGAAAUUUUCUGAGGAAUGGAUUAAGUGUUUGAGAGACCAAAUAACUAAAAUUAACUAG